AAGUUAGUUUCAGAAUUCAUAAAUGUUUUGACAGUUUUUUGUCUAUGGUCUUUGUUUACAAUUAUAUUAAAUAAUGUCUCCGAUAUCUUUAUUAAUUAAUAAAUAAAUAAGACUAUGAAGUCUUUAAAGGCUCCAUACGAUGAAUUCACGAAAUGACAAUUAGUAGUUUUACUAUUGUAUUGCAUUUAAAAAACAUUAAACGAAACAAUAUAUGUAAUUUUAAGUUUUUAAAAAAAACACAUAUUAAAAAUAUCAUCUGACUGUUUAUUUAGCUAUGAUACCAUCCUAAUUAUAGGAAGCCAUAUAUUUAUAUCAUUAUAAUGAGUAGAGAAAUAAGUUCAACACAACAUCAGCAGGCUGGCUCAGUUGUAGAAGAAUCACAGCAAAGAAGAGAAAUUAAUCUAGUAGAGGACACCAACAAUAAUACAUCUUUAAAUGACAGAGAGCGGCCUACUGAAGGUUCUGCAAUUGAAAGCAAUGCUGCACAAUCUUCCCCUACUGUUCGAGAGAUUCACAAAAACAGUUGGUUAAAGCGAAUGCCUUGUGUUGAUAAAUGGUCUGGAAAAUUUCCAAAGGCUCAAAAGCUUGAAAAGUUUUGGGUUGUAUUCUGUGUGCAUGAUGACAAAGAAGCAUUUCUUGAAUUCUAUGAGAAUAGACGAAGUGCUUAUUCACAUAUGCCUCUUUCGAGUAUAUCACUUUCAAAAUGUCUCCAUAUAUCCCCAACUAUUGUUGCUCAAGGAAAUGAUCAUGAAUUUGUCAUAACACUAGAAACACAAGUUAUAAGAUUAGCUGCUUCAACUAAUGAACAAAUGCUUGAAUGGAUGGAUACCUUGUGCACAAAACUCCGAGAAAUGGGUAUUUUAGAGCCAAAAGACAAUUUAUAUAGCAAAGAACCUAUUAAUACAAAACCCUCAUUAUCAUCUGAGAUGGAAUCAAAUGAACCUUUAUCUAGAGAAGACUUCAACCGCCUAACUAUGAGAGAUCCAAAUUCUCCUUUGCCACCUGUUCCUGAAACUGCUUCUCUCUCAUCUUCUGCAACAGAUGGCUCUACUGCCAGUUCAACUAUUGUUUACAUCAGAAACCCUUCUACGCGAAACGUUUCACAAAAUUCAAGUCUAAAUACAAGUUCUGUCAUAAUAAAUUCCAUAGCUACUAUCGAAAACACGCCUUCCUCAUCCCGUUCUUUACCUGAAACAGUUUUUAAUUUUGAUAUACCAUCAAAUGCUGAACAGUCAACCUCAGGAUCUAGAAGAAGUAGCAUUUCACAAACCAGCCCAACUGUUUCAAAUGAUAUGGAACAGAGGACAGCUCAAACCUCAAGUACUUCUUCACAAGAACAAUCUUUGUAUGAGCCCCUAUUUAGUUCAUCAAGUGCUCCCAGCUUCAGUUUAAGUAUUAGAAACCCUAAUUAUGAAAACCCACCACAUCCUCAAAGGCAUAUUGUCUUCAAGCCCACUCCUGCUCUUCCUCCUCGCAUAAACAGCGCAAAUCAGAUAUCAUCUGUUCCAAGUGUUAAUCCAGUUGUGCAACCUAGUUCAAGAGCUUCAAAUUUGGGACAUUUAUCUUCUACGUCUGAGCCCUCUUUGAACCGAUCGCUGCAAAGUACAUCUGCUUUUGUUGCAGAUUCAUCAAAUCACGCUACUUCUAACUCCGCAGUACUCUUAAGAACUCAAUCUGUUAGUAGCAACUCUGACAGAAAUGACCAAGCUUCUCCCAGUGAAAGACAUCCACAUUCUGGACCACGAGUUGUGUCUGGUCCCUCUUUUAAAAAUACUACCUUGCCUGUUGAUGAGAAUGGGCGACCACUCUCUCUACGAGAAGUUCAAGUCCAGCAAUUGCAGUCUGAAAUUUCACAUAAAAGUGGUGUAAGAUUGGUUCUUAGGAAAAAAGACUGCUUAAAUGCUAUUGCUUUUGUUGACUGUUUUAAUUAUGUUUGGGUUGCCGGAUGGAAACAAAAAGAGCAUCCUCUUCUUCAUAACACAUUCCAUGUUGGAGAUCGCAUAAUAAGCAUAAACGGUCACAGAAUACAGUACGUGCAUGAAGCAUACAGAAUUAUCAAACUACAACCAUCAACUGUAGAGUUUGUAGUUAGAAGAGUUCCUUGUGGAAAGAUCUUAGCAAUAAAGAGGGAAUAUGAAGGGCAAGACUUGGGAAUUGUUAGAGAAGGUGGUACAGCUGAGGUUAAAGAAGUAAAGUCAAAUGGUUUAGCUUCACAGUAUGGCCUUACAGCAAAGGCAACUAGUCUUGAUGGUAAUUCCUUGUGCAAUUGGGUUAUUACUGAAAUUAAUCACCGUCCAUUAAAUUUGUUUUUUAAAGAUAACGAGGUUCAUGACCGUUUAAAUGCUGUUGGUCUUGAUAUAUCAAUAUUAGUGCAGCCUGUGGAAUUGAUUAAAGCUCUAAAAAAACAUUUGAAAGCAUUCAGAAGUUACAAAGAGUAUCUAGUUCAAUGAAUUUUUUUAAAUUCUUAUUUUCAAAUAUUUUCUAUUACAUUUCUCAAACUCGAAACUGAUGUAUGUUGAUGCAUAUAUCCUAUUUGAUAUUCAUUUUAUUACAUAGUAAUUUCUCCUUUUUACUCUUUUAUUUAUUUAUUUAUUUCAUUCAGUGGAAUAAUAUUUUUAAAUUAGAAUUGUCCGGUUAUGUGGUGAAAUUUUCUAAUAAUGGGACGUAGCUUCUAUGUACAUAAACAUUAUUAGUUUUAUACUUUUAUUUAUCUUUUACAUUAUAUACCUUUGUGUUUCUGCCAUUCCAGGUGUAAUUUUAAAGUUAAUAUGAAUAAUGAAUGUGGGUAGCUGUUUUUACUAUAUAAUUUAAUAAUGUGCUUUUUUUUUUUGCAUUACCUUUUAAGCAUUAUAUCUUAUUCCAUUCAAUAUCUAUUAUAUGGUCACCCAAUUCAUGUUAUUCGAAUUAAAUUUAUUACAUAUUUUGUGUGAAUUUAUUUCAUAUUUUUUUAAAAAUGGAUAUGAACGGUUACAUGUUGUGAGUUUUUUCAUUUUUGAGUUUAUUUAUAAGUUCAAAUUUUAUACAAAAUUUAUCGACUGUAUUGAACAUUAUGUGUUUGAUCACUGUUAUAUCUAUAAUUAACUAAUCAAUCUGUUAUAUACAGUAAGACAAAACUGCAAAUGUAAUUAAUUUAGAAUUAUUACUUCUUAAAUAGUGAAGUUACAUUGAUGAUAAAAUGUAUUUCAUAAAUUCUGGGCACCUUUUUAAAUCUGAUUUACAGGGUAUCCGCGAUCCUGGAAAGUCAUGAAAAAUCAUGGAAAGUCAUGAAUUUUGGUAUUGAACAAAAUUUUUCAUGAUUUUAACUAUUUUUUUUUAAAAAGUCAUGAAUUUAGGUUGCCAAAAAAUCUAAUUAUUAAACUGGAAUUUACCCCUCCCUCAAUUUCUUGGUGUUCCGAAUAUCUGAAUUUGUAACAAACUUCCCACUCACAGUCAUAUUUUAUUAAAAUAUAAAAUGUUUUCAUCAUGUUUUUUAAAAAUUGCUUUCUUUCAAAAAAUGAAAGAAGAAAAAAACUUCAUUUCUAGAGCAAAUUAUCUUUUAAAUUUCUGUGAUUUCAGAAUUUUUAUUAUAAAUUUUUUUAUUUUGUAAAUUUAAAAUUUCAGCUGAAGCAACCCAGUGAUUUGCGAAUUAUUUUUAUUCCGAAAUGAGAGCAGAAAAAUCAGAAGUAUUUCUUUCCUUUCCCUUGAGCAAGAAAAGUAUCUUUAGAAUAUAAUUCUGCAGAAAAAAGAAAAAAAACUUACU